UAAAAUCUCACGAUUAACUGCGAGACUUGGAAUCUCCAAAAUUUUGUCCGGGCCAAAGAGCGACAUCCGAUGGGGGGGAUCAACACUCGGAGAUGCUCGGGUCAAGUUUUAGAAGGAAUAGCAGGAGUGUAUCCUAGUCCCAUCAGAGCCUGACCCCGUUUCCGUGAGCUACGUUAGAGUGGAGCCCCUCUGGGACUUGUCCCUUCCUCGUGCUGACGAAGGGAAGAAGGCCACAGCUGGCCCAUCCUAGCCCAGCUCAACUUAGCCUGACAAAACCUCAGCCUUGCAUCACCUAAUCCUGCAUGCUGCAAAGAACCUAAAGUGAGGGGUCCUACACUUGGAUGAACUGGGGGAGGAGAGCACAGUGAGCCUGUCAUGUAAGCCGCCUCCUCUGGGGCCACCUCUCGGUGCACACUGCUUCCUGCCUCAGGUAGACGCUUCAGUGUUUCUGCUGCUGAGGCGUCAGGCAGUUCUCUCUCUCUCUCCUCUUCACUCCCUCCCGCUGAGAAGGCAACACAUCCCCUCGCAAAGCACGGAAAUGGAGAAGAGCUGCUCAGAGUGCACAGAGCCGACUCUUGCACAGAGUCUGUGUACGCUCUGCAACAAGUGGUUGUGUUACCAGUGCACAGAUGUGCACCAGCAUCUGAGAACCCCCAACACUUCCCAGUACAUGGAAUCACACCAGCAACAGAGGCCCAGUGCCACCCAGUUCCCAGAACUGCACCAGAGGGGCUCCAGCUCCCUGCCUCCUACUGGACAAGGCCCGGGGUCGUAUCCUUGGUCCCUCCUCAUGUGCCACUCUCACAGACAGGAGCCCUUGGAGCUUUUUUGCGAGUCAUGUGACCUUCUGUGCUGUAGCAGCUGUCACCUGUCCUCCCACAAAAACCACAGGGUGGUGCAGAUCGGAAAGGCCCUACAGGAUCAGCAGUGGCUGUUUGAGAGUCUGAUGGUUCAGGUGGAGGAGAAGAGGUCUGCAGUGGAGAACAGCGCUAAACAAAUAGAGGAGAGGCUUCACGGAGUGAAGAUUACACACAGGAAGGCAGAGAACCAGAUUAAAAUGGCAAAGAUGAUUAUGAUGAACGAGCUUAACAAACGAGCCAACCUAUUAAUAGAGCAACUGGAGAAGAUUGCAGAGGGCUUCCAGCAGCGUCUGGAGGACCAGCUGCAAGGGGCAAUAGAGAUAUGUGGCCAGCUGGACCAUAUUCAGAAGUUCAUCACCUGGGCCAUGACCCAUCACUGCACAAGCCCGGUGCUCUUCAGCAGAGCUCUGAUUUCACUCCAGAUGCAGCAGCUCCUUGAGGCUUCACACCACUCAGAUUCUUGGAGUCCUGUGAAGAUAAAAUUCAACUGGGAUGCCAGUUACUGGACGAAACAAAUUUCCUGUUUAGGUCAGCUGACUGUUGAGGGGGGAAACUGCGCUUAUCCCCCAGGGUUGGCCUGCUCCAGUAUUAUGAGACCCCAGCCCAUUACCUGCUUGACUCUGCCACCAGUGUUUCACAGAGGACGAGAGCCGGGCUGUGGGUACCAAGCCUGCUGUGAGCCUCAGAUGUGCUGCCUUCAUGGCAUUCAUUCGCAGCCAGAUCUUCCCAGUCUGGACAAAAGCCAGCUGGACACCACACUUUAUAACUCCAGCUGUGCUCAGCCGGCUCAUAUUUCUGCUUCCCAGCACCAGAACCAGCAGAUCCAGAGGUUCUGGGACCAGGAGAGUUCCUUGCAGCGUCCUCCCCCUGCAUCACCUGUCCCAAACAGAAGGCACAAUCAGCUCAGCCGCAGCCGAGCAUCUGCAUCUCAGCCACAAGCUGCUGACUCACAACCACAUUCUCAGUCCUAUCUUUCUCAUCAUCAACACCGCAAAGAUGUUCUUCCAAAUACCCAGGCCCGGCUAAGUGCAGAGCGUGGGAGACCAAGCCGGCGUCGGGGGAAGCUAUCGACCAGCAGAUCUCUGCAACAGGAGGUCAGCUACACUGUUCUGGAAAGGGAUCCGAUGAGUGAAGAGAGCCGGGUGGAAACGCAUCGUGUGGAGGAGACCUGUGGACAAAUAGCGGUGGCUGAAAGGAGGGAGAUGUUGGAUCAAGAGCUACAGCAGGGCAGGAGGGUGCAGAGUCCUGUCCAACAGCAGCAACAGCAGCAGCUGCUCCUGUGUUUAUCAGGUGUGAGAAAAGAGCAGCAGAGGACCAACUCUGCACUGACCGUCAGAGACCACAGAGAUGCCAGGCCUGAAUCCUGCAUACGUUUCCCAGGGGGCAUAGAUCAGAGAUCCACAUCCCUGGAGGUGUCAGUGACAGCCCACGAGUGUGUAUCUGAUGUGCAGCAGAGCAGCAGGCUGAGCCCUGGCUCGGUGUGUUCGAGGAGGAAGAGGCGCUCCCAGAGCAUCCCGACAGAACUGGCAGCCCCGUCCGCCAACCCUUACGCCGAAAGGCCCACAGGAUGGGCUCGUAGCCUAGAAGCGGGAGCUGCAAAUAAGUAUUACGUGCUGGAUCCCAGACAGAGGAGAGCAUCAGAUGGGGUGCUCUGUGUGGCCAAGGAAACUUCAACUGAACCUCCUUUAAUGUCCUAUAAGACAGAGCCAGGUGAUCACCCCAUCACUUAUGUAAAUGAAGAGAUUGGUUUUGAUGCCAACAAGAAAUGCAGCUUCUCAAGUAACAGCCACAGCAGUGACGUUCAGAACGACUCAGCAAGGCCCAGGGUUCCAGUGGUUUGCCUCGAGCGUCUCAAAAUACUUGUGUCUCAGCUCCCACCGCACGGACGAAGACAGAGUGACCCUCUACCUGCCAGCGGGACGGAUAAGAGCGAAACCCUCCCUCAGCAGAAAACCUGGCAGGAUGUAAUGCCCCAGGGAAUAACAGGAGAAUCUGAGACUAGUGGGGCCACCCGUGUGCUUGCAGCACCACAGCGACAAACUUGUAAUGAGUCCACCGCACAGUCAGACUGCAGCGACAGCAACAUAGGGGUACCUGUUCCUCAUAAAGAAUCCACACUGCCCUCCGCUGACUCUGAAUAUGUGGCACCAAGUUUCUAUGAACUGGAUCUGGAUUCUGACUCUGAUCCCAGGUCAGUCUCAGAGGAAGCAGUCAUCUCUCAGGCUGAUUCAGACCCACAGCUUGACUCAGAUGCAUCACCAGAUUCUGACCCGAAUGCACCGUCUUCAUCUGAGGCUGAACUGGAGUGUCUAGCUGAGCAGAAGUCUGGAGAGAUGGGGCUGUGUGGCGACUCAGAGCCAAGUCUGGAGUAUGAGGCAGAUCCAGAAUCAGAUGCGGGACCAGACGGCCGAGGGUUGGAUGCAGAUACAGAAUCAGGUGAUGCUGAAACGGAGUCCGAUAUCCAGCCUGAAUACGACCCCACUUUUCACGGCGAGACUGAUUCUGACGUCGUCUCCGAUCAGCCUCCAGAGUCUCAGGGCUCCGUGGCAUCUGAGCUCAAUGUAGACUCUGAACCCGAGCUGACCACGGAUGACCCGCAACCGCUUCGCUCUGACCUGGAUGAGGAGAUCAGUCCAGGUCAGAGGCCGCUCCUGAUUGCAAAUCCCGUUGCUCCCGGAGACACAGAGGAAGUCCUGACUGAGCAAGACGGCACAGAGUUGGAGAGUGAGGAUUUUUGUGCCGUUUGUCUGAUCGGAGGAGACCUGCUGUGCUGCGAUCGUUGUCCAAAAGUCUUCCACCUCUCUUGCCACAUCCCCCCUUUGCCGACCUUCCCCUCAGGUGACUGGGUGUGCACCCUGUGCAGAGAUGUUCUACAGCCAGAUGUCGAAUACAACGGUGACAAUGAGAGAGCAUCUGGAGAAAACGCAUCAGCAAAUGUGCUAUCGCCAUGUGACCAGAAAAAAUGUGAGCGGCUGACACUUCUGAUCCUCAGUAACAUCCUGAGUGCGCCAUUCCAAGAGCCCGUCAGUCCACUUGCACGCCAUUACUACCAGAUCAUCAAGAGGCCAAUGGACCUGUCUGUGAUCAGGGCCAAGCUCAGCAAGGGGAAUACCCAGUGUUACAGCUCGCCCGAUGAGUUUGUGGCCGACAUGUAUCUCAUGUUCCACAACUGUGCAAAGUUCAAUUACCCUGACUCUGAGGUGGCCCAAGCAGGCCGCAGCCUCGAGGCCUUCUUCACCUCCAACCUGAAGGAAGUUUUCCCUGGCAGAGUCUUCCCCAUGGCUGAGGUGGAUUCAGACAGCGAUGAGUACGACGAGGCUUACAGGACCACUGAGAGUGGUUUCCCCUGGCCAGAAAGAAGAGAGCAGUGCCACAGGAAGAGGAAGAGGAGGCAGUCUCUCAAGUCGAGGAGGCAUCAUUUCUAAUUAGAGCUUAAUAGUGCGCAACCAUGGCAGCAAACAUGUUAUUUCUGUUUAUAAAUGUGCUGUUUUUUUCAUUUAGCAGCCAGAAGGGAAUGUACCAGUGUUUCUAAAAGCAAGCCGACCUUGUGGUUUGCAGUGAUAUGGCAGUGCUGCCAUCUGAUGGCAGUUAAACAUGCGAAAAUAGGAUUGAGAGUAGUAACUAAUGCAGGAGUCAUUAUUAUCCAUGCAACUCAUCGGAGGAGCUGAGUGCGAAAAUGGAAAUAAGUGAAGGUCACAUUGUAUAGGUUACGCAGUCGUACCUCUGUGGAUCUCGGUUUGUUGCUUCUACAGCCAUGUAGUGAGGUGAUGCUGUAAUACUUCCUUUAUCAUGUCAUAUUUUACCAGCUAAGCAUUUGCUCCUGAUACACUGCACUGCUUGCUAUUUUCUGCUAACAUAAAAUACCUUACAUAUCUUUCAUCACAUGCUUUUUUGUACAGAGGAUGCUGUAGUUGAAUGCUUAUUAAUCGCACUUUGCAUCUUUAUUAAGUGGACUUUUUCAGGUCAUCAUAGCCCUGAUUAUACGGGGUACUCUGAAACUUUGUCGGUAAAUUCUGUACUUACCAUAUUCACGAGUUUCCAACACAUUUAUACACGUGUGACUGUAUAAACUUUUAUUUUACUAUAUGAAUGAUUGCAGGCAAUUAACAUAGGUUUGAUUAUUGUUAUAAUUAUGUGUGUCGGUAGCUUUUUUUGAAAAGCAGCAGCAAAUUGUUUAGAUUAGAGGAAGACGGGAUGUGAGAGAUCGUGGGCACCGUAAGCACUGUUAGAGCUCACCGGGGCAUUUUUAUUGUUAGAGGAUUUAAUAUCUGGAGCAAACAGUUCAUGAAAUGUAAAAUUUCACAUUUAGCUAUCAGAUACGUUUGUGUAUGUAUAUUGCAUAUUAUUUCUGUUGGAGCAAAAUCUUCCACUCUUCUCUUAUCAGGAUGUCUCAGGCUUACUGAAAGUCUAAGGUGUUGUUAUCUUUGAUUACUGAUGAGUAUAAAAAUGUACUUGCUGCUGUGUGUAGAGAAUUACUGUCGAAAGGAAAUGCGUAAUUUUAUAAAAACGCUGUAGCACAUUUCCUGUUUUUAACUAUGCUGUACUUGGUUCCUGCAGCUUAAUAUACGCUUUGUGUGACUCAUGGCGAUGGAUGUACAAAAGUAGCGAAUGUACAGUAUAUGUAAUGCUAUUCCUUUUGACAUCAGUAGAUCUAAUAGGCGUAAGGGAAAACUGCCAUAGUUGCUGUCACUCUUUCAAGAGAAAUGUUUUCUUUUUUUCUUUUUUUUUACUGUAAUUAUAAAUGCACAAAUAUUAAUAUCAAUAAAAAGCAUUCAUGAAAAAAA